AUGGGUGGUACUGUUGGAUGUGUUGUUACGGGAACAAAGUUGUAUUCAAAUGGUAAUUUCAUCCGUGAUUUACAAUCUACUGAAUUAGAAGUUCUCACAAAAUACAAAAAGGAUAUGGCUGCGUUCAAGUCUAAGAUAGAUGAAGCAUUUGAAAAUGCUGAAAAAAUCGAAGCUAACAACUCAACCAUACCUCCCAUGCCUAUAAAGCCAAAUAUGCCAACGUUCUGUACUGGUCCUGAUACGACCAUGUACAUCUUUGGUGGUUGUACAGUACAGAACAACAAAGUUUACGUUGGAAAAAUUUUAGCGAGAGAACUUGACAACGAUGAGAAGAAGAAACUUGUGGAGUUUGCUAAGAAAGUCGCCGAAAAAUCCAAAAAAGGAGAAGUUCCUACAUCUGACCUAUACAAGGGAUUAGAGUUCUGCACGGAGUUUUAG